CAUAGGUUUGAAACAAGGUGGAUGCUGAUCUAAAGUUUCUUUUUGAAGACUUUGUAAGGUAAAAUCUUUAUUUUAUCCAAUUUAUAGCAUUUUAAACCUAAAUGACAGAUAUGGAAAUAUGGCUGGAAAAAGAAAGACAUGUAAGAAGAUAAACAGUACACAAAAAUCAAAGUCGCCUCCUAAAUCACCUAUUUCUGUGAAUAGUGAAACUCCCAUAAAAACAACUUGCUGCGCUUGUAGAAGCCAAGAGCCUCCUGACCAGAUCAAAAGAUAUCCUGAAAAACCUUGGAUCCAGUGUGAUGUCUGUAACUCUUGGUGGCAUUUAGAAUGCUCUUUUUUAAGAGUUGAAGAUUUAAAGAAAAUUGAUAAACAUAAGAUUCUGUUUCCAUGCGCACUGUGUAUAAUCAAACACUCCCCUUGGAUUCAGUUUGAAAAUUCAAAAGACAAAAUUUCAAACAAGAUAUCAUUUAAAAGUGCUGAAACCCAGACAGACACAGUACCUUCACCAAACUUCAUCCCUAUUGAUAGCUCUAUCAUAAAACAGAACAUUUCAAAAACAGAAAGUGUUAUAGAGAAAUUGCACAUUCCAAAGCUGUGUCAGGUGAACAAGCCUACAAUAUUGGAUACAGAGAGGCACACAGACAAUUUCGUUAUAAUUGAUGGAAUAACAGCACCAUUAGAUUUCCAAGACAGCAGAGAAAUUAAAAAGGAAAUAAUAAAACACAAAAAGGUGAAAGCAAAAUACGCUUAUCCCUUAUCAAGAGGUGGAAUUGGAGUUCACACAGAGAACCAAGCUGACAAGGAAAAACUGCUUCAAAGGUGGCCAGAGGGCUCAUUCAAAACAAAUACAGAUACAUUGAAUGUUCAUGAAAACACACUUAAACCAUUGUGUGUCUUUAAAAAUGUUCCAACAAACAUACAAGUAGACUCAGUUGGUGAAGAGGUUAAAACACAAACAGGUGUAGCAGCAAACUUGAGGCGCCUGAGAUACAGAGAUACACAUAAACCCUUGCCAGUUGUAAUUGUAGAGUGUGAGUCUUUUCAAGACCAACAAAAACUUUUUCAAAGUAAUUUCACAGUCGGAAAGAAGACAAUUUUGGUACAGGCAUACAGAAGCAAGACGAAUAUUCCUACAAGGUGUUUCCAGUGCCAAGAAUUUCGACACAUAGCUGCAAUCUGUAAAAAAGUCAACUUCUGUGAAAACUGUGCAGAAUCCCAUGUAGGGAAAUGCAAAAACAAACAAAAGUGUAAAAACUGUUCUGGGGUCACAAAUCUAGCUAUAGUCAGUGCCCAGCAUUUUUGAACCUGCUUGAAAGAUUAAAAAGAAGAGAUUAGAAAUAAUAAAUACUGUAACAAUAACUUAGCAUGUAAACAACAGCGAUUCGUUUAAGUGCCUGUCAUUAAAUUAGCAAGUAGCAAGUGUAUAAGUACAUAGAGAAUUAGUACCAUGCGAUGACAACGGUGAAUUAAUUCGUCAAAAGUACAAGGAGACCAUAGGCGACAACCAAACCAUUCGGCAUAGCCGAAAAACUAGACGAACAACAACAACAAAGGAUUUUAACUGUAGAAGAUUCAUACCAUUUGAUGCCAAGUGUACAAUAAAAACUGAAAUGUAAAUUGACAACAGAAGUGUCUUGGUGGAAAAUGCUGUGCUCUUCAUUGACCUCUGUUUAAUACUGAUGGAGACAAUCCAGAAAUGAGCUGCCAGGAAUUAAUCGAUUUCGGACACGAAGAUUGAGAAGUGCCUGGAUACAAGGCUAGUAUUGUUAACAUCAUCUGAUACAAUCAACUGGAACAAAGCUGAAAUGGCUGCCUGACCUGACUUAAAAAUCGAAUGGCAAUACAUCAGACUAGAAGAUUAUUAGUAUUGAGAUGGACAAAAUGAAACAUGAGCCUACCAAAGCUGACAGAUUGCACAAGAAACACAUAAAUGCAGAUUGGAGGAUUCAUUCUCUGGAAAAUAGAAAAGGGCAUGUUACAUACUGUUAUCAUUGCCAUGACAGAAACCAUAUUGAGGAGCUUGUCCACCUGUAGGAAGAAUUUCGCUAUUGGUUGGAGCAGCACUAUUCCCCAGCCAUACACCAGCACUUAGUUUGUCAUAGGGAGCAUUUCUGAGCAGUUAUGGAGACCACUAACUAUGCAGUUGUUGCAGUGAAACUUGCACCAGUGUGUUUUCUGUGGAAAUAAAGAGAUAGUGUCCAGCAAUGAAGACCCAACUCAAGAUCUGACCUUGUAAGGCCAAUAUGAAAUAACUGUGUGGAAAAAUGGGAAAAACCUGCAGUCAGGAAUGCUGGUGAUAGAAAACUAUCAGGGAUGCUUCAAGCUGGCAAUGGAGGGAAAUGCAAAAGACACUGAGAAAUCACAAUGUUUCAAACAUCUAGAAUAUGCUCACAGCUAGUCAGUCUUCAAGAUACUCACCUUUAAAGGUUCCAGUGUGUUUUAGGAGACUUGGUCAGAAUAGUACUUUAUACCUACAUACACUGGAGAAACCAGACCCAGCAGAUAACUACAGAUAUAUUGACACAGAACAUGAAAUUAAUUGCAUAUCCCAACACAACAUAAGACUUUAAACUGUUAAAUAGGCAGUGAGGCAUUUGUGUGUAACCUUAAUUAUUUGAAAAGAAAUUUCCUAUUAUUUUUUUUAAGUUUGACUUUGCAUUUAAAAGCCAUUAGCAUUAGAUUUUCCAAAAAUAUAUAUGUUUAUACAGUCUCAACUGUGAUGUAUAUCCAGUUGUACAUGUUUCCUCUAAGGAUUAAAACACAUUUUGAAUUAUAAAGGAAAAUUUAAAUGAUACAUUUAUUCAAACUUAUGAUAAUAUAUAAAACACACACUACCAUGGUUGAUCAUGUAAACCUUCAUACUAUCUUUUUUAUAGAUAUUAAGUGAAUCUUUUGAUAUUUCUGAAUACAUUUAUUUUUACUUUGACUGCAACAUGAUUGAAAUAGAUAAUGGAUAAUAUUUGCAUGAAACUCUGAACACUUAACCACUAUGGCAAUCUGCACCAGUUAAGAUACUUUUUGUUGAAUAAUGUGUUUUGAUGAGACGAGCUUGUAAAAUACCUGUAUAUCUUUUAGUCAUUUUGUGUAUUUGAAGCAUGUCUGCAAAUGCAGAUUUUAUCAUGUAUUUUGAAUGGAUCUGAAGUACUGUUUAUUUAACUGUUAUUACAACGAUUUACACAAUAAAGAUGGAUU